AUGGAAGAUAGCGGUAUUGACAGUGAUCCUAAAAAUUUUGCCACUAAAAGCGAAGGUUCUCAAUUUCAGGUAAAAAAAUUAAAAUUUUUUCUUAUUUUAAAUCAUAAACCGACAACUGUUACAAAAGAACAUUUGCCAUUAGUCGAUUGGGACACAGAUGAAAGCGAUGAAGACAUUCAUUUUUUUCCUAUCAAACCUCCCAUUCGACAAGAACUAACAGACACAUUCAGUAUUGAAGAAUAUCAAGUAUCACCCGAUGAAGAUGAUCUGAAUUUGCUUCCUCCAUUACCUACUUACCAAAGAUUAUCUCUUUGUUGUUUUUCUUUUAAUCCUAAAUGUGUUAUUUUGUAA